CGCCCCACUCCUUUUGCCCCCUUCAAAACCUCCCAUCUUUUUUUUUCCUCUCCUCUCUCAGACCGUAAUCUCAAUUCCAAUAUCUCCCAAUCCAAUCCCAAUCGCAAUCGCCGACCGCUCGCUCUUCUUACGAUCUAGCAAUCCCCGCUUCGUUUCAGUUCGUCAGGUACCAUGUCUUUCAUGAGGAACUAUCAUUCACAAGGUGGAACAAUGCUCGAUGAUCGUGCAACCACGUUUAGUAGGGGAAGUUAUGAUUGGAGUGCGUAUCUGAACUCGGGUCGGAACGAUAACCAUGAUUAUCGGCGGAGGUAUCAGGAUUUCCAUGAUUUCUCUGGGAAACUGAGGAGCCAUAUUGGUGACAGUGGCAAGUACAACAACCCUCCUCCUAGCGGUCCACCAUCUCUAAAGAGGAGAAAGAUCAACUCUAGUAUGUGGCGGGAUGGUGACGGGCAUAAUUAUCUGCAGCUCAACACAUUUGAGGACUGUGGGAGAGACUAUCAGCACUCAAACUCAUAUGGAGAUGUUGCAAGGUAUCAAACACAGUCUAAUAACACGCACGGAGAUCGUCAGAGACAGUAUGUGCAACCUAAGAUGUAUAGAGAUGGCGGAAGAUGCCUUCCAAGGGCUAAUAGUUUGUAUGAAGCUGCUGCACCUUUGACUCGUAUCAAUUCUCUCCCUGCACCUUUGACGACCAAUACUGGGGCAUCUACUUCUACUAGCUGCAAACGUGACCGCUCCAAACUAGAAGAAGAGGAACCACUCUUUUUGUCAAGAGACGAGAUUGAACGAUGCUCUCCGUCGAGGAAAGAUGGUAUUGAUGCUCAACAUGAAGCACAUUUGCGUUACUCUUAUUGUGCCUUCCUUCAGAAUCUUGGCUCGCGACUUGAUCUGCCACAAACAACUACUGGCACCGCCAUGGUGUUGUGCCACCGCUUUUUUAUUCGCCGGUCACAUGCUUGCCACGACCGAUUUUUAAUUGCUACCGCUGCCCUUUUUCUUGCUGCAAAGACAGAGGAGACGCCACGCCCAUUGAAUGAUGUAUUGAGAUCAUCCUGUGAGAUUUUACAUAAGCAGAACAUCAGUCUAUUGUCAUACGUACUGCCCAUUGACUGGUUUGAGCAGUACCGGGAACAAAUCUUUGAUGCUGAGCAAAUGAUAUUGACUACCCUCAAUUUUGAGCUAAAUGUGCAGCAUCCUUAUGCUCCACUCACAUCAGUCCUUGACAAGCUAGGCCUGGCACAGACUCUUUUGGUGAAUAUGGCCUUAAACUUGGUUAAUGAAGGGUAAGUCAUUUCUUUCAUGUUCGCUACAAGGCAAGAAAUAUCGGCAGGUUUCUUGUUUUAGCGGCUAAUUUUGGUGGAAAAAAUGAGCUUUCUCUUGUUGGAUAAACUUCCAUACGAUGUGGUCGCUCCGUCUGGUGCCAAUUAGGUGUGCCUAUGCCUUAUCUUUGUGUCUGGGGAUAAUCUCAGACUAGUUCUGCGGGAGACAUAAUCUAGUGCAUAGGAAGUUGUCAUGCAGCUGACAGUUUGUCCAUGUCUUUAGUGAAGACAGGUAAGCAAUGUAAAACCAACAGAUGAAUUGUUGAGCUUUAAUUUUCAUGGUUCAUUUAUCAUGGAGAUGAACGUUUAUUUCUUUUCCAUUCUAAGACAAUGGCCUAGCAGUCAAGAGAUUUUGAACUCUUUCAAGCAUAGUUAUUCUGGUAUCCAAUAUUGAUAUAUUUUGGAAUGUCAUAUAAUUGCAGGGUCUACACAAGAUUAGCAUGAUCAACUGUGUGAUAUUGUUAGCUGGCGGAUUGAUAUACUGUGCUUGGAAAGUUUUUUUGUUUUUUUUUGGUUUCGGAAGUUGAACUGCCUGUGUAUUGGGGAUCACAUUGCUGUGACUAUCCUCUCAUCAAUUUGUUUAUAUGAUAGCAAAGAUAGCCUCAGAACCUUCUGCCUGUCAACCUAUCCCUUUCCAGUUGCUGACAAUUUUUAAGUUCGGAGACGAGGUGCCAGUCCAACUAUUCAGUCACACUAUUUUUUGGCCACGCUGUUUUUUUGGGGAAGAGGAGCCUAAAUGAGUGGUGCCACUUCUUUGAUCUUUCACCUCGUCCUCUUUUCUUUUCUUCAAAAUUUUGUACUCAAGGCUUCUUUUCUCUGGUUUUCAUCCAUUUUUACCUUUAGAGGGUUUUUUUCAAAUUUUUAUCAGAUGUCCAGUAUUUUCCAAAUUUUUAUCAAACGUUUUUUCUUUCAUUUUUCAAGCAAGUCCGGAUUCAUAAAUAAAUAUAUAUAUUCAAGCAAGACACUUUCAUUCACAUGUGAAGGUAGGUUGUCCUUUUUGGUAUUUUGAAAUGUAAUAGGGGCAUCUUGCUGAAUGCGUUGAUGAGUUUUGGAUUUUGUUAAAUGGUGUAGGAACCCAAUGGGAGGCUUGUUAUUUGGAUAGACACAUGUAAUUUUUCCUGGUUAGAUGUCCAAAGCUUGAGCGAUCAGUGAGCUGCAUCAACAUGCUUUGUAGAGUGGGGAUUGACUGGUCAUUUUUUUAUAUGCCAUCCCAAGAAAGACUUAGAUUCUGAAUCUCUUUGUCAGACUGAAUUGCUGCCUUACCCAAAUUCAUGAUGUUUAGAUUCACUGUGAUUUCAAACGGAAUGUAAAUAUUUAGACAUCUGCCCAAUAGAUUAACCCAUUGGGAUAGGUGCUCUCAGGUCAGAGACCUGAUACUACUUUCUGUUGAAAAUGGGCUACCUCAAGUUGUCAAAAUACAGUACAGUGAAUCAGCGAUAGUAGUUAGGUCUAUACAUUUGCCUGUAGGUUUGUUCACUAGCUAAUUAUUAUGUCCUGACUAUCGAUCACCUGACGAGAAUAAUGAUACUAUUUAGGAUUUAUCAAUUUUCUUCCCUUUUUUACUUUAGUAAGCAGUUGCUUCUGCAGCACUAUACUUGAUGUUUUCUCUUUGCUAUGACAAAUAUAUAAAAAUAUACAUAAUAUUUCUAUGUUCUAAUACAGCUAUUUUCUCAUAUCCUAAAGUUUACAGUUUCGUUCUGUUUUUUAAAUGCCUAAUUAAUGCUACAAGGUCCAAUGUCAAUUGUAUGCUGCCCUCUUUUGUUCUGGUGGAUUACUGGCAUGGUGGUGUUGGUAUAGUGUGUGAACCUUACACAUUCGAGAUCAAGUUGUUGAGGAGACAUAUGUGGUUAUUUUCUCUAAGAAGCUUGCUGUUUGCGAUAGGCUCGUAGUGUAUCAUAUAUAGUUUUAUCAAAUCAUGAUGUAUCUGGAGUUAAAAAAGCCUCUGCAACAGAAUUUGCCCCCUGGAGUUGAUGUGUUUCUAGUUGAGUAGAACAUGUCGUAUAGUUAUCCUAACAACAACCUUACAGAGAUUCUAUGCAAAUAGUUCUACUACCAGGAUUGCUGCUUUUCUGUUUGGUAAGAAGAAACGACUUGCGUUAUUCUGUUCAUAUAAUUCAUUGUCACAAUGCAAUGUCUGAUUUUCAUGUGUUUCUGUUUGCUGAUAUCGAAGUUGCUAAAAGAUGCACAAACACAAAAUGGGUUUUAGCUUGUGAAGAAAGCAACUAUCGUGAAUGACGUUAGCUUUAGGAGCUUAGUAGAGCUAAUAUGAGUUAUCUUUGCCUUUUCUUUUCUUGCAGGCUUAGGAGUUCAUUGUGGCUUCAGUUCAAGCCGCAUCAGAUUGCCGGUGGUGCAGCCUACCUUGCUGCCAAGUUUCUAAACAUGGAUCUCCCUUCUUACCAGAACGUAUGGCAGGAGUUCCAUACACCUCCCACCGUUCUUCAAGAUGUAGCACAACAAUUGAUGGAGCUCUUUUAGACUCGCAGCAGAGUUGCUGCUAUUAUUUUCAUCUGAGGGCAAGACCAUAGAUUCUAUGGCUAUACGAGCUUGAUUGAGUUCCCAUAUCCGCGUUUGGUUUCUCGAUGGAAGCAAACUCGGAAAGACCACGAUGCUGUUUGAGAGAUGGGCGAGCCAUUACGCUGGCUCUCCGUAUGCUUGGGUUUGAGAUAGGGUUAGCCCCUUCAGUUUACACGGUAAAAAAAGAUAUGAACCCCUUUAGUCUCGUCGCGUGAUGCUCUAGGGUAUAGCAUUAUAGAAUAGGGUCGGAUGUUUAGCAGCCAUAUUAUAAUGGGGCUUAUUGUGGGAUUGGAGUUCAGUACUACUUGUGCGACGGGCAGUGCUUGUAGAAAGGGCCUGGAAAGUGUUGCGGUUUGCUGAAGAGAAUGCAAUGGUAAUUGACCGGAAGGUUGAAUUGGUUUCCGGCAGUCUUGUGUGAAAAGGUUGCCUUCGUGGGUUUGAUUCCUCAUAACCACUCUAGCUUUCUCGAUCUCUGUUUACUUUUCACUCUUCGACAGUCUUGUGUUAAGUAGUUGGAAAGUUGGUCGUGUAUUCGAAUUUGAGAAUACUGUGAUCAUAUAUAUAUAUAUAUACAGUACAUCAGGGUACCGAAGAUCAUCAGGCUUGUCAAUUAGUGAUUCUGAGGUUGAGUUUUAUGUUUUUGUUAGCCAGUCAGUCAUCUCAUAUUAUCAGAAAAGAGAGAGAGGUAAGAGCUGAGACUUGAGAUUGGUCUUUGGAGAUUGUACUGGGGAAGUCACUGAUAUAGUACUUUGUGUCGAAAUUGUGGUUUAAUUGUGAUAACUAUUUCAUUCCACUAAGAUCAUUUAUCGGUUUAGAUUUGAUAAGUUACGAUGGGUUAUUUGAGGCUCCAAGAAUGUAUUACUAUUUUGAGAUCUAAAUAAAUCUCCA